CCUUCGUUUUCCAGUGUAGUGCGUUGAUUUCAUACCAAAGUCAUACUUAACAUUCCACUUAUACUGUCAAACCUCUGAGAAAUAUUAAGGAAAACAACAGCGCGCCAAAAUAUAACAAAGUUACUAAAUUGACCAGUUUCCCCCCACUGAGGAGGAUAAGCUGACUGCCAGAAUUAAAAAAAAAAGUUCGUACCUGGAUCCAACACUUCCAGCCUUGCUCUUCAAAGAGAAUCCAACAGUUUUACAUACAGGCACGGAGAGAGACGCUUUGGACGAAAACGUUUAAGAGGAAUACACAACCUCAGUCUGAUUUGGACCUCUGCAUCCCUAAAAUCUCCUAUAGAUCUCAUUUGAUACUGGGGCUCAGGGUCGGGCCCAGGGGGAGCCGCCACCAUUGCGUCCAACGAGUGGAGUGCCAACGGUAGCCCAGAAGAUGGGCUGGACGGGGACAACGAAGACAAGACCAUGGAUGGGGACGCUGAAGGGGUGUGGUCCCCAGAUAUCGAGCAGAGCUUCCAGGAGGCCCUCGCCAUCUACCCUCCCUGUGGCAGGAGGAAAAUCAUCUUGUCAGAUGAGGGAAAGAUGUAUGGUCGCAAUGAAUUAAUAGCACGAUACAUCAAGCUGAGAACAGGCAAAACCCGGACAAGAAAACAGGUGUCUAGUCACAUACAGGUGUUAGCACGGAAGAAAGUUCGUGAAUACCAGGCGGGUAUAAAGGCGAUGAAUUUGGAUCAGGCAUCUAAAGACAAAGCCCUGCAGAACAUGGCAGCGCUGUCGUCUGCACAGAUUGUCUCUCCAAGUAUAAUAAAUAAACAUCUUCCACCACUGCCUCCUGCCCCGUACCCACCAGCCAGAUUCUGGCCUGCUCAAAUCCCAGGACAGCCUGGACCUUCUCAGGAGCUGGUUCUAGAUUUCAACCCGGGAAGGACUCCUGGGCUUGGCCGUACCAGCCAUGCUAUCAAACCAUUUGCACAGCCCCCAUACUCAAGCCUACCGAGUUCUGUAAACCCACCCAUACCAAAUUAUGAGCCCUUGGCGCCACCUCCUGCUCCAUCUGCUACUGCAGUGCCAGUGUGGCAGGAUCGGACCAUUGCCUCCUCUAAGCUGCGGCUGCUGGAGUACUCAGCCUUCAUGGAGGUCCAGAGAGACCCAGACAACUACAGCAAACACCUGUUUGUCCACAUUGGACAGACCAAUCCCUCCUACAGCGAUCCACUCCUUGAGGCUGUGGACAUUCGGCAGAUCUACGACAAGUUCCCUGAGAAGAAGGGUGGGCUCAAAGAGCUUUAUGAGAAAGGGCCCCAGAAUGCCUUCUUCCUAGUAAAGUUCUGGGCUGAUCUGAACAGCAGCGGUAUGCCAGAUGGCCCAGGUUCAUUCUACGGUGUCAGCAGCCAAUACAGCAGCAUUGAGAACAUGACCAUCACUGUUUCAACCAAAGUCUGCUCAUUUGGCAAGCAGGUUGUCGAGAAAGUGGAGACAGAGUACGCCCGCCUAGAGGGAGGCAAGUGUGUUUACAGGAUCCACCGCUCUCCCAUGUGCGAGUACAUGAUCAACUUUAUCCACAAACUCAAACACUUGCCUGAAAAAUACAUGAUGAACAGUGUUCUUGAAAACUUCACUAUCCUACAGGUGGUGACAAAUCGCGACACCCAGGAGACCUUGCUCUGUAUAGCAUUUGUUUUUGAGGUUUCCACAAGUGAGCACGGAGCUCAGUAUCACGUCUACAGACUUGUUAAAGACUAACAGCUCUUCUGAGAGGUUUUGGAAAAGCCACACAAGUGUGACACAAGCUCUCUUUAACCAGCUCAACCAUCCAGGAGAAAUUACAAAAACAUUCAAAGCAAUGCUAGACCGAACUAACGUGGACACAUUUUUUUAUGCUUUAAAAAAGUAUGCAAGGAAAAAGAAAAAGAAUGCAAAUCUCAACGUACGUGCCAGCGCGCAAAGAAAUUUUGAAGAAUUGCGGACAACGAGCUAUUUUCCAUGUGUUUAAACAUGAUUUAGAUGAAGUGGGUCACUUUUGCAAAGGUAAUUGAUUGAGCUUGAAAUGUUUUAUCGAGGGAAUGAGAAUGUGUUUAUGGUUGAAAAGAUUCUCAUAGUAUCCAAGGGAACACACUCUGAGCAACAAGAGAAGUGUAAAUAGGAUUGAAAAAGUCAAGAGAAUAGGACCAUGGAAGGGGAGCCAAGUGGUGAUGUGGUAGGUUUGUUAGGAAAGCAAGUGCCUUUUUUUCCAAAGAUUAUGAUUGCCUGCCACUUUGGAUUUGCCUUAUUUUUUACUACCUCUUGUUUUUAAAUGAAAA